AUGCAGAAAUAUCACGUGCAAAAUGCAGUAAAUGCAGUAUCCCACGGACCAUUUACCGUAUUGGAGAUCGUGGCUCCGAUAUAUCAAUUGAAAAACUGGGGUUAUGAGAAAAACAAAAACAACAACUGGUUCGCUGGCCUCGUUAACACACAUGUCGUUUGCAAGCGCUCAUUGCGCUGUACCUAA